AUGGCGACAAUAUCCUCCUUGCAGCUGGCCAUUGACGUAUCUAAAGUUCUUCAGCAGAUUACACAGUAUUUGCAGACAAACUCCCAGUUCGAUCCGUUCUGCGCUAGACUUCAGAUCAUACUUGAUCAGAUUAUCCCAAAGCUUGAGAAUCUCCAGAGCAAUGAGAAUUAUGAAGUUUCAGGACUACUCAGUGGGCUUGAAGCCCUUUGCGAGUUUGCUAGCAUUUCAGAGAAUUCCAGCGCCCAGUAUCCGGCUCUGGAGCUUGUUCUGAAAGAUCGUGACUAUGCCACCACUGCCUUUCGAAACUUGGCGCAUAACAGACCACAUAACAAUCAGAGGACGAAGCUGGUGACUGAAGUCGAGUCUUUUCUGUCUCAAUCUUCUGAUGAUGACAAAGCUGGAGCUAUGCCGUCUCAUGCCGACAUACAAGAGGCCAGUGGAACUCUCUUGGGAUGUGGCAAAGAGCUUGUGGUUUUGCACGGAAUACUGUCCACCUAUUGUCGAUGCGCUCCGUCGGAGAAUGGAGACAGCAAAAUGGUUGCUCAGUUCAGGUUGCGCAAUAAAAAGCAAGAGAAUGAUGAUACCAACGUAUCCUUCGGCAUGCUCUUCAUGGCACAUCCCCACCAAGACGAGAGUGCAGCUGGGCUUCAACCUUGCUGGCAAGAUACGCAUAUUUGCAUGCGACGAACUGUAAAAUUUUUAGGAAACAAGCAUACCGAUGGCAUAGAGAUUCAAUCGGACUCGGUCGACUCCUUUUGCAACUACAUCUCAGAUCAACUUCAAUCUGGUCCAACCUUGCUGCAUCUAUCGGUUGCGAACAAGAGGCUGUACUUUGAACAACACAGUGAUCAGGAAACACAGUGGGUGAUUAAUCAACCCAGCGUUUCUUUGGGCCAAUUGCUGGAUAUAUCAUCUCAUUCCACAGACGGGAUAACCGGAAAGCAAAAGGAGGUCCUGUCUUGGCUGCUAGCCAAGGCAGUGUGGCAAUAUUACAACUCGCCUUGGAUGGCUCAGCCUUGGACUAAACAAGAUGUGCAUUUCCUCGGUGAACGACGGCCCAACCCCAAUGACAUCGCAAAUGACAUUGCGGGUAUUUAUGUCAAUGAGCCCCUGCUCUCGGUUUCAAUCUCCGCAAGUACACUGAAAGGGAAAAUGCCCAGCUUACCAUCGUUGAGGUCACUGAGACACAAGAUCCCCAAGAUCCUUGGCCUUGGCAUCAUGCUUGUCGAAAUCCAGCUUGGGCGUCCGAUUGAAGAUUUACAUACAGAGGAUGAAUGGCUCAAGCACUGUCUUGGGGGGAGGCCACAUCUCAACACCAAUUACCUGAUUUGCAGAGAUUUGAUUGGGAAGCCAGGGUUCUUCCAUGAUAUCGCGUACCCCUUAGAAGAUCUUAUCCGGCAUUGUAUCAACCCUCAAAAAGUCUUCCUUCCAGUUGCUCGCAAUGAUGAAGACGUCCAACAGGCCCUACAUGAUCUCGUAACCGCGCUUGAGGGCUACAUUACCUAUACGAAACCUGAUAAUGUCAAGCCCCUGAACUUGCCAAUCUCGCCAAUCUCAAGCAAGUCAAGCAUUUUAGAGCCUCGUGAUUCGAGGCAGUCCUUACUGCCAGUCGGGAAUCAUUUCUGUACUGCACCGCUGCCAGCAAAGAGAACAGCGGAGUGGCCUCAGGGCCAAACGAUGGCACAGACACAUGGGGGCUCUUCAGGCUGGUUCGAGCGAAUGAACAGCCUCAAUUAUAUCCUUGGCCGCGCUCCUAACGAGUCUUAUGAAAAGGUUCGCAUUGCAGUCCUUGAUACGGGCGUUGAACCACGCAAUGCCGUGGCAGAUUAUCUUGCCGGGUAUAAGGACUUUGUCUGUAAGGGCGACAAGAAGCAAGAUGAGAGCGGGCAUGGAACGACUACUCUUGAAUUGAUUUUCAACAUGUGCGGACCUGCUGAUGUGUACGCUCUGAGAGUCUUCAAAGCAGAUGAGGCGGACAAGGGGACUCGAAAACUUACGAUUGAGGCCAUUAAAUGGUGCAUAGACAACAAUAUUGAUGUCAUUUGCAUGGCUUGUGGUUUCUAUGGUUUUGACCAAGCCCUAUACGACGUGAUCAAAGAAGCGUCUCGCAAGCUACUUAUUUUCGCUGCUCCCACGAAUGUGGGCAACGCGGGUGAAAUCACAUAUCCCGCCAAGCAUCACCAAGACGUAUUCUGCAUGCUAUCCACAACGGCCGACGUCAGAUUGUCCCAGCUCAAUCCGACACCCUCCUCACUACGUGGUAGCUUUGCGAUAAUUGGCGAAAAUAUUAGGACGCCUGACGGCGGAGAGAACUCCGGCACGUCACUUUCGACGGCCAUUGCCGCUGGACUUGCUGGGCGGCUGCUCGACUUCGCAAGACACCACGCCUGUCAAGGGGCAAUUGGCGAUUUGAUGCCUCGCAUGCAACUCAAAGAUGGUAUGAGCAAGAUAUUUGAAGCAAUGUCGAUACGUGAUGGGAUAUUUCUAUGUCUGAAGCCCUGGCAACUCCUGCCAAAGACGAUGAGAGACCAGGUUCCUUUCAAAAAUGUGGAUUUUUCCAGUGAAGAAAUCAGGAAAGCGAGAAGCGAGAUCUGUCGGGACAUCUGCAAAUGUCUGGAAGAACUGUAA